AUGGGUUUACUGUGGAACAUCGCCUAUUACACAUUUCAUCCUUCAGAGCUCAGAUCCAUUAUUCAAUGGAAAGUAUGGCAUAACCCUCCACACGAACGUGAUGCUUCUCAGGAUCCUGAAACACGGAAAAAAUGCUUUCAAUUUCUGAACUUGACGAGCCGAAGCUUUUCGGCAGUCAUUCUGGAGCUUCAUCCUGAGUUGCUCGUUGCCGUCACCGUUUUCUACCUUGUCCUGCGGGGUCUGGAUACAAUUGAAGAUGACACAUCCGUGCCGCUCGACGUGAAGGAGCCGCUAUUGCGAGAUUUUAAGAACAUCAUCGAGAAGGAUGGUUGGACCUGGAAUGGCAACCGUCCCGAAGAAAAAGACCGUCAACUCCUGGUCGAAUUCGAUAAUGUGAUUGCCGAGUAUAAGGCAUUGAAGCCAGCCUAUCGCAAGAUCAUUAAGGACAUGACUGAUAAGAUGGGCAAUGGUAUGGCUGACUUUGUCCGAAAGGCCGAAACUGAGGGUAUCAGCACACAGACUAUUGAAGAAUAUGAUCUGUAUUGCUACUAUGUGGCCGGUCUCGUUGGAGAUGGCUUGACUCAGUUGUUCGUGGAAGCCCAGUUUGGCAACCCCGGAUUGUUAUCACGACCUAACUUGCACAAGUCAAUGGGAUUAUUCUUGCAAAAGAUUAACAUUAUUCGUGAUAUUCGUGAGGACCAUGAUGACCAGAGACAUUUCUGGCCUAAAGAAAUCUGGUCCAAGCAUGUCGACAAAUUCGAAGACCUUUUCGAUCCCCAAUACAAAGAAGCUGCACUUAAUUGCAGCUCUGAGAUGGUUCUCAACGCUCUUGAGCAUGUCGAUGAGUGUCUGUUCUAUCUUGCCGGUCUCCGGGAACAGAGUGUUUUCAACUUUUGUGCUAUUCCACAAGCAAUGGCUAUUGCUACACUGGAGCUCUGCUUUCGCAACUACUCCAUGUUUGAGCGCAACAUCAAGAUCACCAAGGGCGAUGCUUGCCGGCUGAUGUUUGAGUCAACGCAAAAUCUGCGAGUAUUGUGCGAGACAUUCCGCACAUAUGCCCGCAAGAUUCACCAAAAGAAUACACCUAAGGAUCCUAAUUUUGUAAAGAUUAGCAUCGCUUGUGGUAACAUCGAGAAAUUUAUCGAGACACUCUUCCCCUCGCAGACUGCCGCGGAGGCCAAACUUAAGCUGUCUGGUCAAUCGACGGAAGACGAGGAGAAGAAAAAGCAGCAAGCCAAGGAAUCCUGGGAAGACAUUAAGAUGAUGAUGAUAAUUAUGGGUAGCAUUAUUGCCUUCAUCACUGUCUUAUUGUUUGGUGUGGCUUGGUUCCUCGGCGCGCGAUUCGACCUGGCGUGGGCAGAACUCACAAAGGGCAACUUCCGACCGCCUAAUAAGAUCGAGCAUGGAGAAUUAUAA